AAUAUGCAGAACAGUAAAUUAAAUAUGUGCUGCAAUUAUUUUCAGCAUUUUCUGUAUGUUAUGUGCAAAAAUAAUUUUAUCUGCAUCUUUGCACCAGGUGGUUGAGGCUGAGAAAUCAGAACCUGGUCAACUUUUGCUUUUGCUCAUGGGGUAGUGCGAGUUUCCGUCACCUGGGAGUUCAUAUAGCAGCAGGCUGUGGCUACUCAAAUGCAGGCGAUGAGAAAAUACAUAGCUAAAAGCUUUGAAGAUUGAAAGCUUUUGAAGACUUGAAGAUUGAAAGAGGAGCUGCAUAAUCACGUGCAUGUUCCUCUAGCUCGGUUGGUGGAACAUUGUGGUAGUAGCACAACACUUCUUGGUUUGGUUCUCUUGGAGCACACAUACCGAUGAAGUACCUUGAAUGCAUACCACAGAGGCGCUCCGGAUUGAAGAGUCUGCCAAAUGCAAAAAUUUAAAGGUAGGAACAUAUCAUUGGAAUUUCAUCGUGCUCUGUCAUUAAUAGGUUGCAGGGUGAUGAGAACAAACAGUGGGUAUGUGAAAGCAAGGCCAACCACUAACAAAAAAGACAGACUAUUCCAGGAAAGCCUGGCGUCUGAUGACAUAUGAGAGAAUAUGUUGCAGGGUGAGAGGGUUAAGGUAAUGCCUUUUCCUCCCUCGCUUGGUUUUAACCGCAUUGUUCACCUCACUUUCACAGUCCUUGUCAUUCUUGUGCAGACCCUCAGAAUGCAGAGUGCAAGAUCGAAAGAACAUGCGCACACACACGUACACUUCGAUAGACUGUUUCAUGUGGCAGCUCCUGUUCUUCACUGGUGUGUGAAAUAGGGUUUACUGAAACUCGAUUUCUGCUGCAUCACUGUUUACAAACACUUGAAAACUCUUUGAAUUAGGAGUAGAUACAUUUUUCUUUUGGGCCGUUUUCAAUGCAAUUCAAUAUUUUACAUAGGAUUACUGAGCCUUUUUGGUUGAUGCGGUUGGCAAGUAUUCGUUUUUUUAAUUUAUUAUUGUGCUUCAUGCUCUGCACAUUUUGAAGAUGUUUUAUCUAAACAAGCUUACAAUGCAUUAAAGUUAUACAUUUUAUUUGAAUUAUAAUAAACGGACACAGAAAUAUUGGCAGUCAGCAGAUAUUUAGAUACGCAUGAUGCGGUUGGAGAUAUCCCUGAUCUGUUCAGCUAGCACAGAUGAGUUCCCAUACAAGUUGUGGGCGUGAUACAGAAGACCAUCUCACAACGAAACUUACCUGCUUGAAAGACUUAACCCUGAAUAUGUAAGGUUUCUAUAGUCAAACCUGGUACCCUUUGGUGUGCAGACAGGAUGCUGGUGGUCUGUUAGAAAGAUGGUGUUCUGAAGAACUCUUUCUAGGUCACAUGCAUUCUUUCGCCUCAUAUGCAGAUGGAACACCACACUGACCUCUAAAAGAAGCUGGAAAUGUUUUAUUUGUACUGUAUUAAUAAAUUAUUAAUUGGAUGGAUGCAAACUUUAGGUAAAAAAUGUAAAAAUAAAUUAAAAGAUGAUCAGGGGUCCUGAUUUAUUUAGCAGGUGGACUGAUUAAGCUAAAUGUGCAUUGUACAUUUUGGAUUAGAUCUAAUUACCAGACUUAACUUUAGCCCAGAAAAUCUUAAAAGUAUAGUUCCAAUGAAAACAUGAUGUUUAAAAUAAUUUCCCACCCCCACGUCAAUCCAAGAACAUAAUCAUACUUUUGUGGAAAACAAUGGAGAUGUUUUUUCAUACAAUUAAUGAAAGUGUAUGUAAUGAUUUUAAUCCCAGAAUCCUAAAAGAAAAUAUUCAUGAAAAUAGUCUAUACAAUAAAGUUUUCUGAAGUCUUAUAGCAUUGUAUGAGAAACUGAGGGAAAUUUCAUUUAUUAUUUUCAUAUAAUUGUCAUUACAAUCUAUAUACAUAAUUUGUUUUACAGUAAAUAACAUACAAGGUUAGAACAACAUGAGGGUGUAAAAUAAAAUAUGUUUUUUGGAAAACUAUUCCUUUAAGAUGUUUUGCAAAUGUUAUAUUUUAGAAAGCAAAGGGUAAUAAUUGCAAGUUACAUGUACAAAACUCAAAACGUAUAUGGUUUCCUGUCUUUGACGUCAUCAUCGCACCUCUCUCCGAGAAUUACAAGAAUUUGUGCACUAGUUUACCCCAAAUGCAUGCACACUCAAAAACCCAGAGCCAUAAUUGCCACAGACAUUCAUAAAGCUAUAGUCUCUACAUCUAACUACUGUAUCGACCUUAUAUGUCUGCGUGAUAGGAAGGAAAGAGAGAAUCAGAGGCAAAGAGUAAGUGAGUGAGAUAGACAGAGUGUGUGUGUGUGUGUGGGUGAGUGGGUGGGAAGUUUAAACCACACUGCAGGACCUUUUAAAAAACUGUUCUGCAGCCAGCCUUCUCAAGACAAACCAUCUUCUCACCGACACUCUUCCACACAACUUUGAGCUUUGCAGAAAUGAGUUCUAACUUGGGCCAUUCAUCUCCUCCACUGUAUACGGUGGAUUCUGGUGGAGGUCAUACUCAACUGCAUCGGUAUUAUCAUCAGCAGAUGCUCGGACAGGGAAAUCCACCCCUGGUACCCUGCUGGACGUUCCCUCCUGCUCGAGCUGAGAUGAAGAGAAGGGGGUGGGGAACAAUGAGCACUGGGAUGACUUGGGUGCUGACUUUGAUACUUCUUUUGGUUUUUGCGGCCCUGGGGCUGGGAACCUACCAGAUCCUGAGGUUACAGACUGAAGUGGAGAGGCUCACACAGGAAAUGCCUGCACAAAUUGAGAGUGUCGCCCCACAGAGACAAGUUGGCAUGUUAUCUGCACAGCUGAACAAACUUACACAAAAAUCAGCUGCACAUGUAAUAGGAUGUGCAGACCAGAGCAAAUCACCCGGAACUCUGAAAUGGGAAGCGACACAUGGCGAAGUGUUCACAAAUGGCAUCAAGUACAGCAAUGGCGGCCUUCAGGUGAAUGAGACUGGCUUAUACUUUGUUUACUCCCGUGUGGAGUUUCUAGCAAGGACAUGCAAACCCACAGACUCUCUCACCCACAUGGUGAUUGUGUCGAGAAACGGACGCAAUCAAACAAUUAUGGAGGAUCAUAAAGAGGGCUUCUGUAUGUCAGGGGGCAAGCAGGUGUGGAUGACAGGGAGUCAUCUGAGCUCUCUUCAACAUCUCAAGCAGUCCGAUUGGCUGUUUGUCAACGUUUCACACCCACAUCUGCUCAGCAAAAAUUUUCAUUAUAAUUAUUUUGGCCUUUUCAAGAUCCAUUGAUCGUGAAGAUCUUGAAGACGUUGUGCUUGAGUGUGAGUUCAGGUGAAGAAGUUUUACUUUGGACUUUCUGAUCUACCCCAAGAUCACAUGUGCUUCAUCUGCAUUCACUGCAGUGCAAGCAGUUAGAUCGGCAUUGAGAGAUUGCAUUUCAUUUCCAGCAGAAUGGAUCUUUUGCCUGCGUGCAAUACGUUCUUGUGUUGUAAACCGUUUUGCGGAAGAGUUUUCAGAUUGAACGAACACUAAUAAUCUGCUGUAUCAGGAGAAGAUUGGAUUUAAGUAUUUAUUUUCUUUAAUGUCUGCCUGUGGGUAAAAAGUCACAUUGUAUCCUAAGGUGAUAAAUCAGUCAUAUUGACUAACGAUAGUGAUGUACAAACGAUUAUUAAACUGAUACGGUCAAUAAAAUGUGUAAUUAUAAAAUAAAAUGUGAUGUUUAUUAUUUAGAAGAAAAACUGCAAAAAAAGCAGAGGAUGUCUCUCACUAGAGAUGAGCAAGAUUUUGUGGUGAGAUGUUUCCAACACUGCUAAUAUUUGCAUGUGAUAGUGGGCUGCUUAGGUAAAAAUCAUGUUGAUCGUUGGUGGAAUAUUUCCACGGUUAUUUAAUUUGGUGGAAUAUUUUCAUGGUUUUUUAAUUUCACAUUUGAAUUGACGAGCAACAUUUGCCACAUUCUAUCAUAUCAUCAUAAUAAAUUAAUGACA